AACAUUUAAACAGCCAAACUGGAAGAAUGAGCAACUGUCAGGGAGCUAAAACCUCCCCUGGGACCCAAGAUGUCAGCCAGAAACAACCAAGUGAGCAGUGUGAGAAUCAUAACAGUGGGACAUCCUUUAAGUUGGGAAGAUGCUCUUAACUACUGUGAGGCCUACCACACACGCUUUCUGUGGAUCGAAGAUGGAGAGGAUCAAAACGCUGUUGAACAAUGGCUGAAAUACUCUAAUGGUUCUGGUAAUUACAACGAAAAACUGUGGAUUGGUCUGAGGCAGAGUUCUGUUUUUGGAUUCUGGAUUUGGAGUGACAGAAUAGUGAACUGGAACAACUGGAGAGAUAACAGAAUACCUGAGCUGUCCCCYGCUUAUUCUCAUUGUGGUGUGAUUAAUGUCAACGGCACAUGGGGUGCUGAAGACUGUCGGAAAGCUCAUCCUUUUCUUUGUGAGGAGGAGAUUUCAUAUAUGGAUGAAUAAUUAAAAAGUUGUGUUAAAAUUUAGCCUCUAAAUUAGACAAUACCCUACUGUAAAAUCAGCAACACAAAGCCAAGUAGAUAUUUAGUAAUACGUUAUGGAAGUUUGAUUCUUGAACUGAAUCUUAUAAUUCUGUCAUUUUAAAUAUUCUUUAAUAAAAUUUUCUAUAAUUUUUGUGGGUUUACGUGUUCAAAGUAUAACAAUAAUAUAUAUAUUUUUUGUCAGUAUAAAAUUACAUUACUUAAAUCAGUUUAGAUAGUGUACUGAAAAUUAAAAUUCAUUUGACUGAUUUUUAAAUUUUAAUUAGUGUAUUUUAAUAUAAAGUUUUACAUUUAUCUGUU